AUGCCUUUUUGUACUUCAUGUUCACAUACCCUUUCUUCUGAAGAAUUUAUAUAUGAAGGCAAGAGCUAUAAAACUUGUGCUAGGUGUAUGAUUAAAAUUAAAAGCAAACCUGUUGAAAAAGACAAAUUAUAUAAUGAAAAAACUAUCAUUGAAGUAAUUUUUGUUCAAGAUAUUAGUAAUUAUAUUGCUAAUGCAAUUGCUGAUUUAGAAAAUCAUUCAAAGCUUUCACUUGCCUUUAGUAUUUCUUUUGAUGAAGUGACGCUUAAUACUGUAGGUACAGAUGUUAAGACAAUGGCUAAAUUAAUAAUUGAUGAAAUUGAGAAAGAUACUUCUAACUUUUCAAAUAAAAGCUUAAUCUGUUAA